AUGGAGACGAGCUUCGUGGACCGCCGCAACCCGUUCCUGCCGUCGCCCGCCACGCCCGGCGCCGCCAUGCCGCCGCCGCUCUCCCUCGCCAACGCCGCCGCCCCCGCCAACGUCGCCGGCGCCGCCGCCAACGCAGCCGCCAUCACCACCACCACCACCACCGCCGCCGCCGCCGCCGUCGCUGCCGCCACCGCUGCCAACUCUUCGCCGGACGAACAGGCUUGGUCAGAAAUUGGUCUUGGUCGCGAUGAUUCAACUGCUACAUCUACAACACCAGCCAGCAGCAAUUCGACUCCAUCUCAUACAGGACUCUUUCGAGCAAUGUCAACUGCUGGAACAGGAGGUUCUCCUGCUCGAACUCGUUUGGAUGGUUGGAUGUCUGCAGAUCGAAGACAGUCACUAGAUACUGCCCUGUGGGCUGGUCCUGCAACUGAAAGAGUGAAGGAAUUAUUGUCUCAUGGAAUGAUGAUGCUGAAUAUCUCUGCUUUGAGUGAACGACGUGGCUCAGAACCAAGGAGUGGAGAUAUUGUAGAAGGAACUUCUAGAGGUAGUCGCCCAGGAAGUGCUGCCAAAAAAGUACCAUCUCCAUUGGAAAAGUCUCUCUGCUACCUCACAGCAGAAGAUGAUUCAACAUCUGAUAGUGAAAGCCUAGCUAGUGUUGAGAUGCUUACGGAUGAGCAGAUUCUUUCUUUAAUGUUGGAUCAAGAGCAGCAAUGUGAAGAGGUACUUGGAACACCACUGUCUGAAGUUGCACCACUUCCUCCUCCCCCUCCCGUCUCUACUGCUAGUGCCAGUCCAGUUGUCUCCGAUGCUCCCCUCCCAGCACCACCUACAUCACAUAUGCCUCAACUUCAGUGAGUGCAAAGGUUGCAGCCCUCCUGGCUUCUUGCUGCAGCUUGCAUUCUGCCAGAUGAAGACUAGGCCAGGGCUGCCAAUUUCUCUUGUGAUUUUUCUCCGUUUGGGUUUUCCAUUCUCAUCUAAAAUACUGCAUUGAUAUGUUGUGCCUGUGUCUUCUCAGUUAAGAAGAUUGCCAAACACCUGAGGUAGCAUUUGAGAGGUUUGAUGUUAUAGAAAUAUUAGCAGUUUUGAACACUUAGGACAAAAUUACAGUGAAAAAUGUCAUUACGAAAUAUUAAAUUGUUAUUUUCAUCUGUGUGGUUACAUUGAUCAACUCUUCUCGUAUUCUUGUCUCGUGUCUUGUACUAAUUUCUGACACAAAUAAUGAGGAAUUAAAUCGGCAUUAGAUGCUGGAAAAUAGACUAGACACCCUGUCAGAUCCAGAUGUCUUAAUAGUUACAAAAUGGUACCAUGAAUAUUAUUUAGUAGGGAGAAGUAGAUAAAAAAUCAUAUGGCAUAUGUAUGUGGGUUUAAGAUUUUUGAACACAAUGUAAUUUCUAUUCAUUAUUUUUUUAAUUAAUAUUAUUUAGAAAUGCCAAUUUCUUUUCCAAUUCUGUUUAGACAAGGAUAUAUGUAUUUGUGUAUUUAUUUGGUUACAUUUAUGGAAAGAUAAAAUAAGUCUCCUACUUGCCCAGAAACAAAUUGAAAAUAUAUUGAAAACACUGCAACUCAUCUCAUUUUUCCAUAAGGUUAAAUACAAGGUCUCAAUUUUGAAUUCCUACAGUCUUAGUCAUAUUAAUUUAAUAGAAUGCCUAGAAAUAAACAAUAACAAUGUGUAUAUAAAAUAUGGAAAAAUGUUUGAAUACAAGUUGUUUGUUGUUAUCUGCAGAACCAUUACUUGAUAUACCUGAACAUUGAUAAUUCAUAACAAAUGUAUUAUAUUUACUAUAGUAUUCACAGAGUAAAUAUUGAUUUAUAAUUAUUAUUAUUUAAUUAAUAUUGAUUAAAUGCAUCUAACCUAAAAAAAAAUACUUUCAUUAUUUAAAAAUAAAUUUUCUGAAACCCAAUUGGGUGAAUUAUUUGAAACACAAGAUUAAUUCUUGUUAUUGAUCAGCUAUUAUUUGACAAAUAUUUAU